AUGCCUCUGCCGCCCCCGGGCCACAGCACCAAGUUUCCUAAAGAGUCGGAAGCCUAUGCCAAACGGAUUACGCGCGAUGGCAGAGAACUUUUAUACCAAUUGGUUGUUAUGCAACAGCCGGAACGUGCUAGAGCCUGUGGUGCUGGAGCGAAAUCCUCUGCCGACCGACGCCCUGUUGACCCGCCUCCUGUCGUGGAAUUACGUAUCUUCGAAUCCGAUCCCGGUAGCGAAAACAAGACCGAUAUAACCUUCGCCUAUAACGCCAACUUCUUCCUUUAUGCGACGUUGGAAAAUGCUCGAAACGUUGCCCACGGAAGGAUGGCCGGACCCCCAUCGUGCCCGGUAUUGACCGGUGUGCCAGUUGCGGGUAUUGCAUAUCUCGAUCGUCCAUUACAAGCAGGAUAUUUCAUCUUCCCGGAUCUGUCAGUGCGACACGAGGGUCGAUACCGCUUAAGUUUCCACCUGUACGAAGAGAUCAAGGACACGAAGGAUACCGACAAGGACUCGGACCUACCACGCCCAAAUCAAAUCGCCGGUCCAAAUACAACAAAGCCAGGCUCCCCGCAAACAUUCCUUCACUUCCGCCUCGAGGUUAAAUCAAACCCCUUUGUCGUCUACAGUGCGAAGAAGUUCCCGGGUCUGGCUACCAGCACUUCGUUGAGUCGAGUCAUUGCCGAGCAGGGAUGUCGUGUUCGCAUUCGUCGUGAUGUUCGCAUGAGACGUCGGGGCGACAAGCGCGAGGAAGAAUUUGAUUACAACGAGGAGAGAAGUGCGGCAUACCCUCGGUCCGACCGGUACUCGACACCAGAUCACUAUGUGGCGCAAACAGUGGAACGUCCUCGAUCAAAUAGUCACACCAGCACGAUAGAAUCACCAUAUGGGUAUGGCGCCGAGAUUCAACGGCGGUCGUCAGGGCAAGAGUAUGGAUUUCCACAACCUUACCAAAGACCGAUGCCACCCGCCUUGGCUCACACCGCUACACCAUCUUAUCAAUCCCAUCUUUCCUUUGGCUCAACACCAACUCAUUACCCCGCUGCGGCCCAUGCUGCGGCCCAUAUGCCACCUACUCCCCCACCUCCUGGCGUCUACUCGCCUCAUACCGGUUAUGCUAAUAUUCGACACCCAUCCAACGCGUCAGAAUACGACAUGACACCGUCAGUUUAUCCCAUGGCACCGCAGAUCCAGAAUGGCUACCCGAAGAGCCAAUACCGCGUAGAACCGCCGAAGCCUACACCGUAUCUGAUUCAAGAUCCGGCACAAUAUCUGCCACCAGCACAUAUGAUACGCCAUGACCAGACUCCGACCAUGUCUCAUGCUGGUAUGCCGGUAAUGAAGUCGUUAGCCAGUGAAUACGCCAAUGUCCAGCCGUCUAUCGAGAGUGUCCCGCCGAGCCCUGGAGGCUACGACUCAUUCACUGGCAAGCACAUGCUCUACCACACGGGCCACGUUGGCACCAAGCGCACUCACGAAGACUCCUUUGGUAUUGAUGAACGUUCCAUGCAAAAUGGUAUGCGGCCAGAUACUGAGCCAAACCCGAAUGCUUACCGAGAUUUCUCGGCUGAGAGUCGUGCAGCCUUGAUGGCCGAGCUAGGCGUGGAGAUGGCCUACAAACGAGCCAAUGGCAGGAUGGUCAUGAAGGCACCACAAUGA